UCCGUGUCCCUCGUGGUGAUUUGACGCAUCUCUCGUGCUCUUCUCCCUCCAACCCUUCAUCUUCUCUCACCAAGACCCCGUCCCUUGCCGCUGCCGUUGACCCGACUUCUCCUGACGACGGGUACCCACUGAUUUCUCUCGUUAAAUUUCCACGCUUCCCACGGGGUACCAAGCUCCCGUGAACGCUCUUACACAUUCACCCCCCCCUAAGCCCCACAUCCCCACCGAAGAUGCCGGCCCGUGCAGUUUUCCUCGCCGUGUCCGCAGCUAUAGCUGCUGGCAUCGUGGUUUACCAUGAACGCGAGAGACUCUUGGAGCUGCUUGAACGCACCGGUCGGAAAGUUGCCUUGUCGUUCUCGCAAAUUGCGGAAGAGCUCAACCCACGACCACGACAGAUGGAGCAUCCUAUGGCCGGCAGAACACCCCCUCGGCCGCGAACUCCGAGCGGGGAGGAGUGGACAGAAGAGGAGAAAGCCUUCAUCUUUGACGAAAAGUUCACCGACGCCGAAGCAAGCAAGCGAGACGAGGAUACCUUCGGUGCAGCCUCUGGCUGGGAGGGACUGGAUGGCGUGGCAGGAGACGUAAGACACCGCGGCUCGCCACUCGUGGCUCCGGCAAACGAUUCCGUCCACUUCGACACUGCACCGGCUUCGCCUGCCAGGUCCUCCACACCAGCGGGAGUUGCCGUAAAGGUGCCCGGCUCUGUUACAGCUACUUCCCCCUCCCGCCGCAGUUCGAGCGCCACACUUGGUGGCGACAAGGCUCUACCUAACCUGCCCCCUGCGCUGCCACCGAAGCCUCGGGCUCUCGCUCAGGAGGCCACCCCGACAGCCGCAAAUGUAGAUUCCCCGCAGACCUCCUCGUCGAGCAGCGGUCACGAGGGACACCAGGCUGAAAACCCCUUUGGGGACUCGCGACCCUACUGGAGCAUCCAUGAGUGGGCUGAAAAUACCACGCUGGGUGGCGGCAGGUCACCGAGCAUUGCUGGCAGUGCCGCCGAGGAAAUCUCACAGCCCGCCGACGAGAUCUUGAGUGAAUUCGGAUCUGAGGAUGAGAGCGUGGGUUCGUGGACUGAAGUUGGUAGUUCCAUUCACAGUGACGACGAGAAUUAAGCGCAUUCCUGUUUGCUUCUUUCAACGCAUCUGUUUUGCUUGCAAAUGGUCUGGGAUAAACUAUUUUGGCGCGCGUGGGAAUUCCUUUUCUGUGUGUAUCUAUAAACUGUACGGAUGGGAACCACAGGAGAGCUGAGAUUAAGGGCAAAGAAAAACAAAAAGAGAGAAAGAAAGAAAUUGUCAGGCUUUUUUACAUUCCGUUGGGCAGGGGGCCAGCCUCAGGUUUUUCUUCAUUUUUUUUCUCCCGAUUCGUUUCUCUGCUAUGAUCUCACCUCAUCAUUUUCUUUCCUCCUCUCCUUUCCUUUCCUUUCCUUUCCUUCUUCUCUUGUGGAGUGGUCUAGUUUAUAUUUUUGCGUACUCUUCCCUGUACGAGUACUUUGCACUUUUCUCACCUUUUCCCUUCAUCACUUCCAGCUUCCCGCCCAACCAACCCAACGCCGCGGAGGAAAACAGACAAGCUGGGAAAAUUAUCCUCUCUCUUUUUUUAAUUCUUUCUUCGUCUUUCUUCUUUCCCUUGACUUUUGCCUGAUUACUUGCCCGCUUCGUUAUGUUCCAUCUCGUCCGUACUGGGUUUCCUUUUUUCUCUCACCAAUUCUAUCCAUAUACACAAGCGAAUGGCUAAACCUGAGUACUCCGGUUGAAAUUAUUUUGUGUUCUCCACGAAUUGGUGGUUGUCACAACUGAGUGUGAAGUGUGGCGGGCCCUGUAACGAGUGAGAGUACAUGAUGUGGCUGGAAGGGGGAACGUAAGCCUUUGAAGGUUUUUGUGGGGGCGGGGGAUAGUUCUUCCGUGCAGGGGUUUGGAUAGCUACCCGAUGCCGUGGGGUAUGCCACUUCUCUGAACGUGCUAGACAAGGUAUUGCCUUACUCUGCUCUGCUCCUAAGUAUGAUAUUGAAAGAGUCUGUUGUGCCGUAAACGUGGUGAAGAAUACCGGCCCUCUCAUAACAGGUUUUGCUACUCCCAAUCAACGAUUCCCGUCCAUUCUCACAACUUGUAUUUCGGCAGCAGGGUUUUAACACGGUCCGGGUGGAAUAUCAUAUCAUAACCUCCCCGGGUCCACAUCACUCUGUGAAGUGAGAACUGAGGAAGGAAAGUAUGAUAUAGAGGGGCGGAACGGGGCUGGGUUAAGCUACCUCAUUGCACAGUCCCUAAGUUAACGGUUA